UGAAACCGGAACUAGCCAAUAUGGCUGCACUGGAAUCGUUGGGUGAUUAUGGCUCAGAAUCGAAUUCGGACAGUGGAUCCGAGAGCAUGGACUUCCAAGCACAUUUAAAACCACUCGGUGACGGCGGAACCAUCGCAUCCCUUCAGAAUAAAAUGACUGUGAAUUCGGCCCCGAUUGUAGUAGCAAACACAAAGUCGUUGCUUGGAGCGCCACUGGAUUCAACAACGAGGGAGGUCACGUACAACCCAAAAUAUGAGGACCUUUUCGCGCCAGAGGUGGGCCCGCAGCAUCCGUUCAAGACGAAGCAGCAGCUGGCUGAGAAGAACAUUCUCUCGGGGUACGUCGAGCCGGCCCACGUCAACGACUUCACGUUCGAGCGCGAGCGACGCACGUUUACGAGCUACGGUUACGCGAUCGACCCGUCGCACGACGCGAGCCUCUCCAGCACGAAACUCGUCGGCAACAUGGUGGAGCUCGAAAAAAACAAAGGUGCGACGGUGUUUGAGUGUAAGAUGAAGAGAGAAGGCGACAAGCGUAAGAAGGAGACAGCUCGCGACCCCUCCGACAUUGACAGCUACCUCGGACCCUGGGCGAAGUACGCGGAUGAGAAGACAACAAUGAAACCAACCGAGGAGGAGCAGGAGGAGCUGGAUGAGAUCGUUGCUAAGCGACAGAAGAAGGGCAAGAGCGGAACGGAGAAGUCCGUAGAGGAGAAGUCAACGCUGCACAUUAAGGACGCGCUCGACUACCAGGGUCGCUCGUUCCUGCACGCGCCGCAGGACGUCGGGGUCAACCUGAGGUCGGAGGACCCGCCCGACAAGUGCUACAUGCCGAAGAAACUCGUUCAUACCUGGAGUGGCCACACGAGGGCGCUGUCGGCGAUCCGCUGGCUGCCUCACACCGCGCACCUGUUGCUGUCGUGCGGCAUGGACGCGAAGGUCAAGGUGUGGGAGGUGUACAACGAGAGGAGAUGUUUGAGGACCUACCUUGGACACAAGCAGGCCGUACGAGAUAUCGCCUUCAACAACGACGGCAGUCGCUUCCUCUCGGCUGGAUACGACCGCUACAUCAAGCUGUGGGACACAGAGACAGGUGAAUGCAUCUCAAAGUUCACGAGCAGAAAGGUUCCUUACUGUGUGAAGUUCAAUCCGGAUGAAGACAAACAGCAUCUGUUCGUAGCCGGAACAUCCGACAAGAAGAUCGUCUGUGUAUGGGACAUUACUCCGGCGAGAUAAUAUCAGAGAGUA